AUGGCAUCAACCGAGCCCAAGUUUGUAGGAUGGGUUGCCCACGACAAGGAGUCCGCCAACGGCAGCAUGGUCUGGGAGGAAUUCGACGUCAAGCCCUGGGAGGAGACAGACAUUGACAUUAAGAUCUCACACUGCGGCAUCUGCGGCACAGAUUUGCACAAGCUCCGAUCCGGUUGGGGCCCGACAGCAUAUCCUAUCGUAGUCGGCCACGAGAUUGUCGGCACAGCCGUGCGAGUCGGCAAGGAGGCAGCAGCUCAGACCGGAAUCAAGGUCGGUGACCGAGUUGGCGUCGGUGCCCAGGGCGAUUCUUGCCAGUGCCGCAAGCCCCCUCAGACCAGGGAGGAUCACUCAGACUGCGAGGCCUGCGCAACCGGCAACGAGGUCUACUGCCCCAACUCGGUCAACACGUAUGGCGCCCAGUUCCUGACGCCUGCUGGAGGCAAGAGCAUGGGCGGCUAUGCGCUGUACCACCGAGGGCCGGCCAAGUUUACGUUCAAGAUUCCAGACGGCCUUGCCAGCGAGCAUGCCGCGCCGAUGAUGUGCGCCGGCGUGACGACCUACUCGCCAUUGGCGCACUUUGGCAACCAGAGCGAGCCCCUGGAGAGGCGGCUCAAGGGCAUGUCCGUCGGUGUAGUUGGAGUUGGUGGCCUCGGUCACUUUGGCAUUCUCUUCGCAAAGGCCAUGGGCGCAGACCGAGUCGUGGCCAUCUCUCGCCGCGCAGACAAACGCCAGGACGCCCUGGACCUCGGCGCAGACGAAUACAUUGCCACGGCCGAAGACGCAGACUGGGCAAAGAAGAAUGCCCGAACGCUCAACCUCAUCAUCUGCUCCGUCUCGAGCUCCAACAUGCCCCUGACCGAGUACAUCAGCCUGCUCAAGCGCGACAGCGUCUUCUGCCAGCUCGGCCUGCCCGACGAUGGCCAGUUCAAGCUUGGCGCGGGAAUCAUCUGCGCGGGACGACGAUCACUGACCGGAAGCUUCAUGGGCUCGCCGCACGAGAUUAAGGAGAUGCUGCAGUUUGCUGCGGAUAAGGGCAUCAAGCCGUGGGUUGAGAAGUUGCCCAUGAGCGAGGCGAAUAAGGGCAUUGUUGAUAUGGAUCAGGGAAAGGCAAAGUACAGAUAUUGCUUGGUUAACGACCAGUAA